GCAAAUAUCUGCACAAUCGUUCACUGCCAGCUUCUCGCACAGCCAAGCGAGUAUUGGUCUGUAGGAUAGCGACGUUGCAACCCGUUUCGACUUCGUCUGCUUCGCAUACAGGCCAGCAUCUGCAAAGCUCGCGACGACCUUCGUCUAGGAGGCGUCGCGUCCAUGUCGGUGUCCGAACCGCAGCCUCGUCCUAGCGCUGAAUCCAAAGUGCGGUACGGGUCUAGCAAGGGCAUAGUCGAGAGGGCCUCGCGGCCGGAUCUUGCCACGGAAAGGUCUCAAGUGCGGGAUGGGGCGAGGGAUGCUGCGCCACCCACACGUCGACCUCAAAGGGUAGACACCCAAGCACUCAAAGCAAAGCUGGCAGCAGCCCUCGGAUCCCACGGUGCUCAGUACUGGGCCGCUCUGCUGGAUUUCUUCUCGGGAAGGAUCGAUCGUAAUGAAUUCGAAAAUGUCGCAAGGAGGUGUUUGCAGUCCGAGCAAGCUCGCGGAUGCUUCAUCUGCACGUCCCAACUUGCUGCGAGCCUGUGCUGUCGCCCUCACUUCACAGGAUGAGUGGAAGUCGGUUGUGAAACGCAGCGGAACGGACUUGUGGAUGAACGCUCUUCGGGAGACUCGUCGGUCCUCGAAGGCUGGGUCGAAUCUCGUCACCUCCACCUCGUGUACUGUCGUCGGGGUUUCGAGGCUG